AUGUGCGAAGAAUCGGACGAUACAACGGUAUUAACUAAAGUGCCAACAUGGAAUCACGCCUGCAAUAUUUUCUACAACUAUAUGCUCCAAAGGUACCUCUGGCGAACAGGCGACUGUUUGAACACAACAAUAACGUUCGAAGUGCGCUGUGGUUUUGCACGUGACCCUCGAAUAUUUUACAGGCAAAAUCAAAAACUCUUUGAGUAUGAAGAUUCAGAAGGAGAGCAAAAACGAGCAAAAAAUUGGCGAAUCGCUUUUGUAUAA